AUGGCCACAGAGCAGGCAAGGGGCCGUCUGGGCUCAGACUCAGCUGAGGUUCCCAAGGGUGGGGAUGAAGGCCCUUCCUUGACCCGGAAGAAGAGCAAAAAGGAGAAGGGCCGCCACGGGUCCCAGAAGGGCCGCCACGGGUCCCACAAGAACUCUGGUGGCUCUCAGGAGCAGGCCUCAGCCCAGGGAUUUGAGGCCCCAGACAGUAGCAAGGUGGCCCCAAGGCCAGUAGAGGGGCAGGAGGCACUGCCCCCCACAGCCUCCAAGACCCCACCUUCUCGUCGUCAGUCCCACCGGCACCGACCUGACCCCCAGCAGGAAGCUGCCCAGAAGACGUACGGGCCUCUGCUCAACCGAGUCUUCGGGAAGGAACGCGAGCUGGGCCCCGAGGAGCUGGAUGAGCUUCAGGCGGCCUUUGAGGAGUUCGACACGGACCAAGACGGCUACAUCGGCUACAGGGACCUGGGUGCCUGCAUGCGGACACUGGGAUACAUGCCCACGGAGAUGGAGCUCAUAGAAGUCUCACAGCACGUCAAGAUGCGGAUGGGUGGCCGCGUGGACUUCGAGGAGUUCGUGGAAAUGAUGGGCCCGAAGCUGCGGGAGGAGACGGCGCACAUGUUGGGGGUGCGGGAGCUGCUCGUUGCCUUCCGAGAGUUCGACAGGGACCGAGAUGGACGGAUCACGGUGGCGGAGCUGCGGGAAGCAGCACCUGCACUGCUGGGUGAGCCGCUGGAGGGGUCUGAGCUGGACGAGAUGCUCCGCGAGGUGGAUCUCAAUGGGGACGGCACCGUGGACUUUGACGAGUUUGUGAUGAUGCUCUCCGUCCCCUGA